CGCAGAGGUCACAGCACAAGUGGCUAGAGUCGGGGGAUGGAGCCGAUAAAGGCUGCUGAUGUCGUGUCUGCGGGUGAACUGCCUCACCGCCAAGAGAAGAUGGUGAAUCCGUCGCAUCAGCUUCACCACUUAACCAAGGAAAUGUCAAAAGCAGUCGCGCUCAACGUCGAUACCACGAUGCGAAACCGCACGAAAAGCUCCAUCCACCACGCACAACAGACCAACUCCCACGCGACGUCAAGUGGAGAUGAGAUCGCUGACGAUGACGGCAGUAGUAGUAGCAGUGCCAGCAGUAGCUCGGCCGAGUCGUCUCCGAAUCCAUCCCCCACAGCCUUAGUGUCAACAAGACCACUGCCGUCAGCGGGUUGCGUCCACGACCCCAAGCCCACUAAGAAGAAAUCUACUCCAUCCGCGCAAGCGUCAUCGCCAGAGGCUCUAUUGAUGCCAGGCAAGGCCUUUCUCGAGAGCUUCUACAUGUUUCUCAAACAGCAUGCCAAAUCUCUUCGCGUUCGUAACCCACGGCUCCAAGUGAAGCUGAAUCCUCCGUGUCUGCAUUACCUCGAAGGGUGCUUCCUGGCCAUGCUUCAACCGUCAUGGCACCCCGACAAUGGCGCCGUCAUGCAGUGGCAAGCGCGGCGGGACCACGACGCCACCGAAAAGACGUGCGAGCUGAGCGGCACCAACGUCAAUCAAGGCAUGUCCAAGACGAAUCGCAUACUCAAGCUGGCUGGCUACGUCUUACACGUUAUCGAUUUGAGCAUCGAGGCAUUGCCCGACACCAUGCCGCUACCGUCCACGUGCAACCUGUCCAUCUUUAGCUCGUUGCUGUACCUCCACGUUGACGGUGUUCCGUUCAACGACAUCCACCACCUCCCUGCGUUGCGGAAACAACUCAUCGAGCUGCACUUGUCGCGCACGACCGUGCCAUCGCUGGCAGCGCUGCUUGGCGAAGACAGUUCGAGCGGCACGUGGGGCGCACUCAAAGUCCUCGAGCUCGUCGCGUGUGGCGUGUCGAAGUUGGACCCGAGCCUGACUCUGGCCCCGCGGCUCCACACACUCAACGUAGCCCACAACGAGUUACAAACGCUGGCACAUUUGGAGAACUGUCCUCACUUGACCGUCGUCAACGUGAGCUACAAUCAGCUGACCUCGGUGGCCGGCGCCCAUCGCUACUUGGCCGCCGUCGCGUCGUUGGACCUGAGCCACAACCACCUGAUGUCCACGUCAGGGCUCGAAAAAAUGUUUACCUUGCAGACGCUGGACCUUGCCCACAACGCGAUUCCAACAACGGGGGAAGUAGCGUACUUGGUCUCGCUUCCACUCCUGCAUGACCUGUCGCUCCUCGGGAACCCGUUCUUUGACAUCCCGUACCGAGUCCGCGUCCUGGAACUUCUGGGACGCGGAGUCGUGUUAGACAACGCGCCGUGGUCCCCGGCGGAGCUGCAUCUCGUGGAUCGGCAGCAGCCCCCCACGGCCGACACCGUCCAUGCUCCACAAGACGCCGUGGAUUACCACCAUGCCACACAGACGGGGGCCACGAGCUCGCGUGAAAGAGGGUCGACAUCGUCUUUGUCCAAGGAUUUGGGGACGGCAGGGUCCAGUCAAGUUGCCCAGGACAUUGCGCUCCGUGCCAGCAUUCUCUGUGGCUUACUGGUUGUCGCGCAUGUGCUGGCGCAAUGGAUCUGGCCAACGACCGAUUCGAUGAGCGCCGACCGAGACAACUACGUGAUGUGGACGGUUGCUGGUCUGGUGACUGUGGUUACGGCCGCGGUAGGACCGCUCUACGGCCACAAGUGGUGGCGAGCUGCCACAUUAACCGACGAUGCCAUGGCAUCCACUCCGCUGUCCCCAAGGAUGACCAAGCAGCUGAGCUUCAACACGCAUCAGGUCGACGACGAUGUGCUCCACGAAGUCGCAUCGCUGGACGUGCUGUCGACGUCGUUGGAAGUAUUGGUCGAGGCGGCGUCGGAGAUGCCACUGCAUGACUUCAUCACGAUGGCAGGAGAGAUCCACAAACUGCUCGAGUUCCUCGGGACGCUCGGCAGCGUCGCGCUCAAGCCAUGGAAGGUGGACGAAGCGGCGUUGGUGCGUGUGUGGACCGAAACAGGUCACGAUUCGAACGUGACGAUUCAGCAACUCGUGCGGGACGACAGCGCGCGGCAUGACCCGCGCUCGAUCACGAGGACGGUGCUCCACAUGGUCCCAGUCCUCCUCUUUGUGCGGUCGCUGUGCCUCGAAAUGGAGAAAGACCCAGACAUGGCGUUAACCCAGUGUGCUGCGGCUGCCUAUGCCGCGACCAUUGCCAAGCAAAACAAGCACUCGUGGCUAGUCCAAAACGCCGUGCUGUCGGCGAUGCAGUGGAGCCCCGUGACGCGGACAGACCUCAUUGUGAUGUGGGACGAUCCCGACCAAGAUGUUGAGUUCAAAGAGCAGCGACUUCACGCGAUCGGGCGCAUGCUGGACAUCGUUGUGGUCCCGCUGGCCAAACUCCGCGACGUGUACAACGUAUCAGACUAGCGUCGAUGGGCUGGCUAUAUAUGUGUACCUUGGAUAGUCCGUCUUGCAGAA